AGGGGAAGAGAACUACAAGUCCCGGCAGGCAGCGCGCACAGUAGGGUGGUUCCCUCUUCCACUGCCUUUCCUUGCCCGGACUGCUUUCACGAAGAUGGGCUAGGCUGUCCUUCCUAGUGCGCCGUCCCCUCUGUGGGCCUCCCUGUGAAGCACACGUCGAAGAAGGGCGUUUAGUUCUCCGGAGCGGCCCCAGUUUAACAGCGAGCAGGAUGAGGAUUGAGCGACUACAAGGCCCAGCAGCCACCGCGCGUAAACAGUAUCGCAGGCAAGACGAACUACAAGGCCCAGCAGCCACCGCCCUCGAACAAGAGGAGGAGGCAGAACGAACUACAAAGUCCAGCAAGCCUCGUACACAGACAAGCAGUUGCAGGUGGGGCGGACUACAAGGCCCGGCAGCCACCGUGCGCGUACAAGAGAAGGAGGCAGAACAAACUACAGGGCCCAGCAGCCAGCGCGCACAAACAGCAGCGAUAGGUGAAGCGGACUACGAGGCCCAGCAGCUGCAGGCAGGGCGGACUACAAGGCCCAGCAGACCCCGCGCACAAACAGUAGUAGCAAGAGGGGGCGGACUACAAAGCCCGGCAGGCCCCGCGCGCUGGCAGAAAGAGGAAGGACUGCCUAAGGGACCCGGCAGGCAGGGCGCUGCUGGCGGCGCGAUGGCGCACGAUGAGAGCGAGGCGGCGGCUGCCCGCUCCCCGGCCCCCGGGCCGCCGGCCCCGCUGUCCUUCGGCUUCAGCCGCACGGCCGGCCGGAAGCGGCUGGCGGAAGGCCGCGAGGGGCAGCCGGAGGAGGAGAAGGAUUUCGUGCGGGCCGUGGAGGGGCGGGAGCUGCGCAGCGUGCGGCCGCCCGAGGAGGCGCCCCGGGAGCUGGUGAUCCCCCUGCUGCGGCGGGGCCACGGCCGCGGGGCGGCCCCGGGCCAGGCCGCGCUCCCCGAGGACGGCGUGCUGCGCCAGGCCGUGGAGGAGCUGAUCGAGGAGUCCAAGCGGGCCCUGCAGCCGGGCCCAGGCGCCGAGGCCGCAGCCUCGGCCGUGGCCAUCCCACUCCUGGCCCGGGCGGGCGACGCGGCCGAGGCCCCCGAGUCGGUGGGCGCGGACUAUGAGGCGGUGCCGGUGGAGGCCUACGGGCUGGCCAUGCUGCGGGGCAUGGGCUGGCGGCCGGGGGAGGGCAUCGGGCGCACCUUCAAGCAGGUGGUGAAGCCCCGCGAGAACCCCCUGCGCCCCAAGGGGCUUGGGCUGGGGGCCAGCCUGGCCCCGCCCGCGGGCCCCCCGGGGCCCAGCCAGCCGGGCGGCCGCGAGGCCGAGGAGCCCGUGGGCCUGGCCCCCGGGAGGGCCGUGCAGGUGCUGGCUGGUCCCCACCGCGGCCGCUACGGCAAGGUGCAGGGGCUGGACCCGGACAAUGCCAGGGCCGUGGUGAAGCUGGCCCCGGCCGGCCCCAUCGCCACCCUGAGCGAGCACGUGCUCAGGCCGGUCCCUGCCCAGGAGUACGAGAGGCAGGCCCGGGCCCCCGGCUACCCCGAGCCGGGACGCAGAGGGGCCCCCGAAAAGAAGCGCAGGAAGCAGUCCCCCGCGGAGGAGAGGCGGGCCCCCCACUGGCUGCGCAGAGACCUCCGGGUGCGCUUCGUGGACAGACGGCACCGCGAGGGCCGCUACUACAACACCAAGAUGACCAUCGAGGAUGUCCUGAGCCCGGACACGUGCGUGUGCAGGACGGACGAGGGCCGGCUCCUGGAGGGCCUCCGAGAGGACAUGCUGGAGACUCUGAUCCCCAAGGAGGAGAAGGCCAGGGUCAUGGUGGUGCUGGGGCCGCACAGGGGCCAGGUGGGCCGGCUCCUCGGCCGCGACAAGGAGAAGAGCCGGGCCCUGGUGCAGCUGCUGCAGGAGGAGGCUGAGGGCACCGUCCUGCAGCUGGACUACGAUGCUGUGUGCCAGUACGUUGGGCCCGCGGCCGAGGACUAAGGGCCCUUCCGUCUCCUGACCCCGUGUCUGCAGAACGUGAUGCAGGCCAAGCCUGGGCAGGGGAGCCUGUGUCUCACUGUGCCUUCCGGACGUCUU